CGGGUCUCGCUUGAGGGAAAUUGCGUUCGGGUGAUUUCUCCAGAACCAGGGCUUUAAACCUUUGACAUGUUUCCAUUAGUUGGAAAAACAAUCAUCUUUGAUAACUUUCCUGAUCCUUCUGAUACAUGGGAAAUCACUGAAACGAUUGGCAAAGGAACUUACGGGAAAGUUUUUAAAGUAUCGAAUAAGAAAAAUGGCCAAAAAGCAGCAGUCAAAAUUCUGGAUCCAAUUCACGACAUUGACGAAGAGAUUGAAGCAGAGUAUAACAUCUUAAAAACACUUUCUGACCACCCUAAUGUGGUCAAAUUCUAUGGAAUUUACUUUAAGAAGGAUAAAGUCAAUGGAGAUAAGCUCUGGUUAGUUCUUGAGCUGUGCAAUGGAGGAUCAGUGACUGAUCUUGUGAAAGGAUUUCUGAAGAGGGGCGAGAGAAUGAGUGAGCCUCUAAUUGCCUAUAUUUUACAUGAAGCACUAAUGGGACUUCAGCAUUUGCAUAAGAACAAAACAAUCCACCGAGAUGUAAAAGGAAAUAACAUUCUGUUGACCACAGAAGGUGGAGUUAAACUAGUAGAUUUUGGUGUGUCUGCUCAGCUCACCAGCACGCGGCACCGGCGGAACACGUCUGUAGGAACGCCGUUCUGGAUGGCUCCUGAGGUGAUUGCAUGUGAACAGCAGUUGGAUACCACUUACGAUGCCAGAUGUGACACUUGGUCCCUGGGUAUCACAGCCAUUGAGCUGGGUGAUGGAGACCCUCCGCUAGCUGACCUGCAUCCCAUGAGAGCGCUCUUCAAAAUUCCAAGGAAUCCACCCCCCAAACUACGGCAGCCUGAGUUGUGGUCAGCAGAAUUCAAUGACUUCAUUAGCAAGUGCUUGACCAAAGAUUAUGAAAAGCGUCCAACAGUGUCAGAUCUUUUACAGCAUAAAUUCAUUACUCAAAUUGAGGGCAAAGAUGUGAUGUUACAAAAACAAUUAAUGGAAUUCAUUGACAUUCAUCAGUGCACGGGAGGCACAGAAAAGGCCAGACACGAACGCAUUCACACCAAGAAAGGUAACUUCAACAGAUCUCUAAUUUCCAGACUGAAGGAUGUAGAUGAUUUAGCAACCCUAGAAGUUUUGGAUGAGAAUACAGUCUCUGAGCAACUUGAGAAGUGUUAUUCCAGAGAUCAGAUCUAUAUCUAUGUGGGAGAUAUACUCAUUGCUCUUAACCCUUUCCAGAGUCUAGGUCUUUAUUCUACAAAGCAUUCCAAACUAUAUGUUGGAGCAAAGAGAACUGCCAAUCCUCCUCACAUUUUUGCAAUGGCCGACUUAGGAUAUCAAUCUAUGAUAACAUAUAAUUCAGAUCAGUGCAUUGUUAUUUCUGGAGAGAGUGGUGCUGGGAAGACUGAAAGUGCUCAUCUUUUAGUUCAGCAGCUGACAGUGCUUGGAAAGGCUAAUAACAGAACCCUGCAAGAGAAGAUUUUACAAGUGAACAAUUUGGUAGAAGCCUUUGGCAAUGCCUGCACUAUUAUAAAUGACAACUCCAGCCGAUUUGGAAAAUACUUAGAAAUGAAAUUUACCUCAUCUGGGGCUGUGGUGGGGGCACAGAUUUCUGAAUAUCUUCUGGAAAAAUCUCGAGUUAUCCACCAAGCUAUUGGAGAAAAAAAUUUUCAUAUUUUUUACUACAUUUAUGCUGGUUUAGCUGAAAAGAAGAAACUAGCCCAUUACAAAUUGCCUGAUAAUAAGCCUCCCAGGUACCUACAAAAUGACCACCUCAGAACAGUACAGGACAUGAUGAAUAAUAGUUUCUAUAAAUCCCAGUAUGAAUUAGUUGAGCAAUGUUUCAAAAUCAUAGGUUUUACUAUGGAGCAACUUGGAAGUAUAUACAGUAUACUCGCUGCAAUCUUGAAUGUUGGAAAUAUUGAAUUUUCUUCUGUGGCAACUGAACACCAGAUUGACAAGAGCCACAUUUCUAAUCACGCAGCUCUGGAAAACUCUGCGUCUUUGCUUUGCAUUCAGGCAGAUGAGCUCCAAGAAGCCCUCACCUCCCACUGUGUGGUCACUAGAGGAGAAACGAUUAUACGACCCAACACUGUGGAAAAAGCUACGGAUGUCAGAGAUGCCAUGGCUAAAACUCUAUAUGGACGUCUCUUUAGUUGGAUAGUCAAUCGCAUUAACAGUUUGCUCAAGUAUGACUCAUUGCCAAGUGGGAAUGGUGAGGAGCUGAGCAUUGGCAUUCUUGAUAUAUUUGGCUUUGAAAAUUUCAAAAAAAAUUCCUUUGAGCAGCUGUGCAUUAAUAUUGCAAAUGAACAAAUUCAGUAUUAUUUUAAUCAACAUGUGUUCGCAUGGGAACAGUGUGAGUACCUAAAUGAAGAUGUCGAUGCUAGAGUCAUUGAAUAUGAAGAUAACCGGCCCCUCCUAGAUAUGUUUCUGCAGAAGCCAAUGGGCUUGCUCUCCCUGCUCGACGAAGAAAGUAGAUUUCCCAAGGCCACCGACCAGACUCUUGUAGAAAAAUUUGAAGGUAACCUGAAAUCACAGUACUUUUGGAGACCCAAAAGAAUGGAACUUAGUUUUGGCAUUCACCAUUAUGCGGGAAAGGUCCUCUAUAGUGCAAGUGGGUUCUUAGCAAAGAACAGAGACACUCUUCCAACUGAUAUCGUGCUACUUUUGAGGUCUUCCGAAAACAAUGUAAUUCGGCAACUAGUCAGCCACCCACUGACAAAAACAGGUAAUCUGCCACCUUCUAAAACUAAAAAUAUUAUCAACUAUCAAAUGAAGACUUCAGAAAAAUCAAUCAACCUGACAAAGGGUGAAAUUGGAGACGCCACACGUCAUGCUAGAGAGACAACCAACAUGAAAACACAAACAGUGGCAUCGUAUUUCAGAUAUUCUCUGAUGGAUUUGUUAUCUAAAAUGGUGGUGGGCCAACCGCAUUUUGUUCGUUGCAUCAAACCAAAUAAUGAGCGUCAGGCAAGAAUAUAUGACAAAGAGAAAGUUCUGCUACAGCUUCGCUACACAGGAAUUCUGGAAACAGCAAGAAUUCGAAGGUUGGGUUACUCACAUCGGAUACUUUUUGCUAACUUUAUAAAGCGGUACUCUGUUCUAUGCUACAAGUCCAGCGAGGAGCCCCCCGUGAGCCCUGACACCUGUGCCGCCAUUUUGGAAAAAGCUGGUCUCGAUAACUGGGCUCUUGGAAAAACAAAAGUGUUCCUUAAAUAUUAUCAUGUGGAGCAGUUAAAUCUAAUGCGAAAGGAAGCCAUUGACAAGCUUAUUUUGAUUCAAGCCUGUGUCAGAGCAUUCUUGGGCUCAAGAAGAUACCAAAAAAUACAGGAGAAAAGAAAAGAAAGCGCUAUAAUAAUACAAUCAGCUGCAAGAGGACACCUAGUCAGGAAACAAAGAAAACAGAUUGUUAACAUGAAAAACACGGCGGUAACAACCAUUCAGACUUACGAUCGGGAAUUUGACUACAAGAAAAACUUUGAAAAUAAAAGGGAAUCUUUUGGGAAGAAACAAACAGAAAAUGCCAUCUCUACUAAUGAAAGAGUCACCCCACCUCCAAAUAAUAAAGGGAGCCCCGCUGUAGUGAAGAAUGCUGCUUUCACAGCUGAAGAGGAAGCCACUGGUGCUGUUGAGAGUAACAACAGAGGAUCCCAAACUCUGAAAAAAAUCAACAAUGUGUGUGGAGAAGAGACUAAGCAAGAAUUGUACCUUGUGGGGGACCCUUGGGCAGAAGUGAGUCCCAAACAGAAAUACGUCAAAGACCUGGAGGAGAAGAGGAAGCGAAGGGAAGUAGAGACAGAGGAGGCUGUGACUCAGAGUUACUACCGGAGGUACGUGGAGGAGAAGAACUUUGAAGGGUCAAAGGCUGCAUAUCUAGAAAGGAAGGGCGUGUCCGAAAGGCCGAGCUACCCCGGACCCUGGUUAGCUGAGCAUGAGACUUCUUUUAAAAAAACUUUGGAACCUAGUCUUAGCCAAAGGCCAGUUGACCAAAAUGCAAAUAGCAAAGAAAAAGAAAAGAAGACGUCUGUGGUUACCCAGAACUCGCCCGUGUGCAGGCAGGAGAGAGGCCAUCCGAGACGAGGGGGGGACGAGGAGAGGGAAGUUGAACCGGUAGUUCAGGCCCAGGAGGAAGAUAAAGCGGCCGUGUUCAUUCAGAGCAAAUACCGGGGUUACAAGACAAGGCAGCAAUUAAAGAAGGACAGGAUGUCAUCUUCUUUUAAGAAUCAGAAGAUUGUUGCCGCACCAACAGAAGCAGCAAGAAACACUUGCAAUGUGUAUCCUCAGCCCACAAAACAUGAGGAAACCUACAAUAUCAAGAUGAAGGAUAACAAAGACUCAAAAGCACUUUUAGAAAAAGAAGCAUGUGAUUUGGCAAUUUUUUCCAAACAGAUAUCAAAGUUGUCUGAAGAAUAUUUCAUUCUGCAGAAAAAAUUGAAUGAAAUGAUCUUGUCACAGCAACUGAAGCCACUUUAUGUGGGUGUCUCUCCCCAUAAGCCAAUUAAUAGACGGGUUUCUUCUCAGCAGUACCUCUCAGAAGUCAAUCCAAGAAGAAAAACGAAGACCAAGGAAAGACAGGUGCUGGGCGGCGGAGAGCCCGGAGGAGGAGGAGGAGGAGGAGAGCGGGCCGGCCGCCAGCCCGUACGACUACCGGAGACUGCUGCGCAAAACCUCCCAGCGCCGCCGCCUCCUGCAGCAGCUGUAGCGCAGCCCCGGCGGCCGCCGCCGUCGGAAGGUGCGGGGCCCAAGCGGGUCCCCUCGGGCGCUGGCACCCGGCAACAAAGCCGCGGCCCUGACCUCCGCAGGGGCUGCCUGCUGCGCCCGCCCCUCGAGUGCCAGGGCCAGCCUUGCGUGCUCCGAAAGAAGAGAACCCGGACCCUCGGGAACCCUCCUGACGCCACCUCUCCGCGCUCCGCAGCCCGCACUCCCGCUCGCCCGGGCUGGAGCAUCCCUGUCCUUGGUCCCCUAAGGGAUCUCUUGGUUCACAUGUCUGCCACUCCUUCUGUGGACCCCACUGCGCUGAGCCCCUCUCAAUCUGGGUGACUUCAAAGAUGCCUUCUUUCUUGGCUUCCCCAGGCCCACGGGACACUCGCGGGCGGGGUGGUCUUGGGGCACAAAGCCCGGGUUGGGCAGGGGAGAAUUUUGAAGGUGAACUUCAUCUCCAGCUUGCGCUUCCCCUGCCCUCGGGUAUUCCGGUUACGCAAUAAAGGAAGCGCCUUGCAAAGCCGAGGUUUGCGUGGCUGAUCUGCGGCAGGGCUGGGCCGGGCCGCGCUCUGGGCGGGGCGCUGAGGCCCUGUGUCUCCGCCGGCGAACCACCCCACCACCCAGCCACCGCCAGCAAACGAGCCCAGCUAAAACCUCGCACCUGCGGCGCGCGUGCGGCCUCCAGACUCCAACCCGGCACACCAGACGCGCACUGCGCACGCGCACGGUGCCUUCCCAGCCGGGCCUGUAAACACCCUGGUCCCCGCCACUGAGCUGAACUGUCAGAUUUUAGGUCCUCCUCGCCUGCAGAUUUGGGGCAAUUUUCGCUGCUCCGAAUUUGGGUGUAUUUAAGAUGGGGGAGCAGGCUAGAGGGUGGGUAGAGGUUCGCAUUCGUCAGUUGACUGCACCGGUUUAAACUCUUCUAUGAACUGAUCCUGUCCGCGUCUACGCGGCUUAGAGAGGGUGAGGACGGGAGACUAGGUGGUCUCAUGGAUGACUGAAUCCGGGAAAGAAGGGUUCUGGCCCGGACAGGCUGACCCCUUCCGUGGGGGCCCUCAGCUCCUGCACCCACGGGCCAGAGCCGGAAGACUCCGGGAAAGACUGGAGGGGCGAGUGGGGGCGCGCGCCGAGGGCUUUCGGCGUUCGCAGCGCCGCUCAUCCGAGGGCCGUGACACCCUCUCCGGCUCGGAGUUGGCGCUGAAAGGUCGCCACGGAUGACCCAUGUCACCUCUUCAUUUUACAAAUGCGAUCGGGCGGAGGGGAACCCCCAGCUGGGCUAGGGCGGAGCCCCGGUCCCGUGCGCUCUAGGCCUUGCUUUCCCCGGGUUAGCGCCGCGGCCUC